UCCCUCCAAAGACCCUAAUUUCCACUCUAAAAAUGUAGGGUUCUUAGUUCUAGAGUAAAUUUCUAGCUAGAGCUAUGGAGGCUUGGGCUGCAGAGAUCUUGGAGGCCGCCAACGAUCCAGGCACGGUGGAGUGGGUAAGAUCGGUCCGGCGCUGCAUUCACCGCAACCCGGAGCUGGGAUUUGAGGAGCACCAGACGAGCGCCCUCAUUCGCAGGGAGCUGGAUGGAAUGGGGAUUCCCUACCGGUGGCCAGUGGCCAAGACAGGAGUGGUGGCGACCAUUGGGAGCGGCGAUCGGCCGAUUGUGGCGCUCAGGGCGGACAUGGACGGUCUUCCGAUCCAGGAGAUGGUGGAGUGGGAGCACAAGAGCCAAGUGGAUGGGAAAAUGCACGCUUGUGGACACGAUGCUCACCUAGCCAUGCUCCUUGGCGCUGCUAGGAUUCUCUCGCGAAGGCGCCAUCUUCUCAAAGGAACGGUGCUUCUUCUCUUCCAGCCAGCUGAAGAAGGCAAAGCUGGCGCUCAAGUUAUGGUCCAGGAUGGAGCUCUUGGAGACGCCGAGGCCAUCUUUGGCUUGCACGUAGCACCGGAAGCUCCGACGGGAAUCAUCGCGCUCCGGAGAGGACCGUGCUUAGCCGGAUCUCGCGCCUUCGAGGCCGAGAUCAAGGGCCGAGGUGGUCAUGCCGGUUGUCCAGAUCACACUGCCGAUCCCAUCGUUGCGGCCUCGUUUGCGGUGAUCAGCUUGCAGCCGCUCGUCUCUCGAGAAAUGGAUCCUCUUGGUAAUCAGGUUGUUUCUGUGACUAGCAUAAGUGGUGGGCAUACCUUCAAUGUCAUUCCAGAUUCUGUGACUCUCAAAGGCUCGUUCCGCUCCUUCUCCAAAGAAGGCAUGGCUAAGCUUAAAGAGAGAAUCCAGCAGAUCAUCGAGAGCCAGGCAGCUGUUCACAAAUGCACCGCUCGCGUAGUCUUCGAUGCAGACCGCCCGAUGUAUCCAGCGACGAUCAACGACGAUAAAUUGCACGACCACGCAUCCUGGGUCGCAACGUCACUCUUUGGAAGCCACUGCGUACGCAACAUCAAGCCGGUGAUGGCUGCCGAAGACUUCUCGUUCUACUUGGAACGCAUUCCAGGCAUGUUUACUGGCCUGGGGAUUCACAGCGAGGCAAAAGGAACUACUCAUUUCGUCCACUCCGGUCUCUUCCGCAUGGACGAAGACAUGCUCCCCUGGGGAGUAGCGUUCCAAGCAGCCGUAGCCGAAGCAUACAUCAACGAGCUCCAGCCUCCUCUCGGACGGACGUAAACAGCAACACAGCUGACAAAUUCAAGGGCGCGAAUAACCAUGAUAAGUUACGAGCACCAAGAACUCCGUGAUCUAGAACCAAGUAAAUAUCAGACAUUUCCAAGCCAA